AUGUUGAGAAGCGGGGGAAAUUGUGCUGCUGGAAUGAGGGGCACAGUGGUCCAAUGUUAUUCCAAUUUGAUUAUGUGCAAGCUAAUCUUUGGCACUUUCCGAGGUAUUUCUGUUUUAGGACUGACAUGCACAGAAGCAAAUUUCAUACAGAAAAGUGGCUUUCAGCGAGCUGCCGCAAAAUACAAAAUGGUAGUCGUAAAUGCAGAUACCAGUCCAAGAGGCGUUGAUAUUCCUGGUGACUCCGACAGCUGGGAUUUUGGCAAAGGCGCUGGCUUUUACGUAGAUGCAACCGAGCCAAAAUGGUCCGAACAUUACAGAAUGUAUACUUAUAUCAGUGAGGAGCUUCCACGUAUUGUAAAUUUCAAUUUUGACAAGUGCGAUCCAACUCGUUGGUGUAUAAUGGGGCACAGUAUGGGUGGACAUGGUGCUAUUGUGAUUGGACUUAGAAAUCCGGAAAAAUUCAGGAGCAUAUCCGCAUUUGCGCCUAUUUGUAACCCCAUAAAUUGUGCCUGGGGUAAAAAGGUUCGUUUUGAAGAUGAUUUACCUUCUAGGAUAUGUAAUUGGCACUGA